AGGAACACUCAGGAUCGUAUGAGUUAGAAGGUGAAAAGGAGUUAAAAGAAAUCUCAAUGUCUUAUGGUGCAGACGGCCAUGAAAAUCGAAAGGAAAUAUCGGUAACAUAUGGAUCAAAGGACCAAGAAAUUCGCAAGGAAGCAUCAGGAUCCUACGGGUUAAAAGGUGAAAGGGAUUUAAAAGAAAUCUCAGUGUCUUAUGGUGUAGACGGCCAGGAGAUUCUAAAGGAAGGCUCCACAUCACACGAAGAAAAUUCAAAGGAAGUCAGUAUGUCAUAUGGGUCAGUUGAAGAGAAAGAUGAACAAGCCGACGUUCUGAAUCAAGUAAAAGGAGAGGGGAGCCACCAUGUUCACGCUCACAGCUACAAGAACAAGAAAGAGGCGGAUGUCUUUUUCUUCCACGACAUGUUGAGGCCAGGGUCCUUGAUCACUCCGACCAUCCCGCCGACCGCCUCCAUGCCGGCGCUUCUCUCCGGUGACGUCGCCGACUCCAUCCCAUUCUCCACGGAACACCUCUCCGACAUCAUCACGAUGUUCGCGCCGGCGUCACUCACGAUGACCAGAGAGAUACGGUGGACGCUGGACACUUGCGAGCACCCACGAACGCUCCCCGGCCAGAAAGCAGGCUGCGCCACCUCCUUGGAGUCCCUCGUCGAGCUGCCGGCGUCCCUCCUUGGGAGGGGCAACGUCCGUGCGUUCUCCGCCGUGGAUCUGCCCAUGGAUGGCCCGGGGACACCGGCGCUUAGGGGGAGGUACAACGUGACGGCUGCACGGAAGCUCUCCGGUUCAUCAUCUGAGGUCGUGACCUGCCAUGACCUGACCUACCCGUACUCAGUGUACUACUGCCACACGUCCAGGCCUACGUCUGCGUACAUGGUGACGCUGGCGAGUGUGGAGGAGGGUGCAUCUCCGACGACGAUGGAGGUCAUGGCCGUGUGCCACCUUGACACGUCAUUGUGGAGCCCGAAGAACUCGUUCUUUGAGCUGCACAACGUUAGGCCAGGUGAUGUGGCAGUGUGCCACUUCCUCACUAAGCUGAGCAUCAUCUGGGUGACCGUGGAUGAGCAUGCCGACGCACGGUAGAAGGGAGUGCUCACGCCCGGCCGCACCUACUUAUCUGCUCAUGUUAGCUAUAUAUGGCCUAUGGCAUGAAUACGAUGUAGACUGAUUGACGUGUAUCGAGAUAUGUGGUAUGAGAUAAUUGAGUGUUGCCAUCCGUGA